AUGUCUUUCCUUCAUGGUGUUCUUGAGAGUGUGAAAGAUGAUGAUAACGUUACAACUUAUGAUAAUAAUGAUGCUUCAAAUAAUAUUACUUCAGUUAUUGACACUCUUAACACUUCUGUAGGCAAAGGCCGUGAGGCCUUCGGGGACGCCGUGACUGAGGUGGACAAGGCAACGGGAGCAGUGAAGAGUAAAUUAGGUGAGUUUGUCACUGAUAAAAUAGGUAUGCAUAUUAAAUCGGUUGCAGGUGAGGGAGUCAAGAAGCUUCAAGACCAGUUGGGCAACUGGACCAAGGUGGUCAAGGACAUCCAAACGAACGUCCACACUAUAGAAACACUCCACAUUAAUAACUUAGACAAAACACUUAGAAAUGAUAUUAUGCAUAAUUUUGAACCUGUCAGUACAGCGGUUCGAUUGUUGCUUGACUCUGCUGAAAAUGCUACGCUGAGCCAGCAGAUGAGCCAUGUUGAUGCAGAGUUGGUGGCGCAGGAAAAGAGAUUAGAGAAGACGAUUACGUAUGAAAGUUCAGAGCUUGAAAGGAAACUGAAUGAAGAGUACGAAACUAUAAGACAGCAAAUUAGCACCAUGAGUACUAAAAGACAGCAAGGAAUUAAGGCUAUUAGGGGUGCAAUUGAUUCCGUGAAGGUACAUUUAGGGGUAUUUGACGCGGAGUAUAAGGAGAAGAUUCGUCACAAGUUUCUUAGCUUGAAGGAUGAAAUGACGGAGAUUAUCAAGAAUACAGAAUCCAAGAAAUGUCCACUUGAAUUGCAAGUUGACAAAAUCAGGUCGGAGCUUUUGGAGGUUGGCGGAACGCUGCAGGUACAGGUAGGGAAGUUGGAGAAGUGGAUGAAGGAUGUUAAAACGUUAAUCAAUCACGCAAAAACGAAUCAACUUAAUAAAAUUGCGGAGUUGGAGACUGGAAGAGAUAGUAGGCAUGCAAUCACAGAGACAGCAUUGGCGCUAGAAAAAUGGAAGGAUACGCUGCAGCACCAUAUUAAUAAUGUGAAAGAUGAAUUAAAGGAAAAGGUGAUGAAUGUUAAAACCGAAGUUGACGGUUUGGAAGAUAAACUCAAAGAGGAUUUGGGGAAAUUAAGAGGAGGGAUUAAAACAGCUGUAACAGGGUAUGUGAAAGGGUAUGUCAGUAAAGUGAAGGAGCAAGUUGAAGUAAUAAAGGGAAAGUCUGAGGAUCAAGGACUGCGGGGAUUUGUUAAGCACGUUACAGAGAAGUAUGCGGAGGAGUUCUUGCAGGGUAAGAAAGGUUUUGGAAAUCUUGUGCAGCAGUGGAUUAAUGAUAUUUUGGAGAACGAUAUGUUUGUUCAGAAUUGCUUGGAUGGGUAUUUUAUGGGAAGCAAGAAUCAUGUUACGUUUCAGCCGCCAUAUAAUGAUUGGACUAUCCAAACAGAUUAUAAAGGUAAGACUAAUGGAAUUGCGGAAGCGAUAAAAAACGCGUUGGGCAAAGAUGGUACGAUAAAAAUUACUAACGCUCAAAUUGUACCUGACUCCUCAACCAACAAAAUUCAAUAUCAUGUUAACGCUGCCUACACGUGUGUAAAUGACUUUGCCACUAGCCUCGAACGGAAACUUAAGGAGGGAAAAAUAAGGACCACUAAUGACGAUCUUCUUAUCACUAAUAUAGCAUCGGCUAUUGAGGGAGCUUUAGAAAUGACGCAAGAGUCAGCGGCGGGGAAAACUUCUAAAAGCUAUCUCCAGGCCGCCGUCAAACCCAUCUUAUCAGCUCUACUCUCAACCGCAAAGCAGGUAGCUGAGCAGCUGAAAUCUUUAAUUGGCACGGGAGGCGCCGAGGCAGGAAAAGUGGACUAUGCGUUUGGUACGGCAACUAGCUUGUUUGGUGAGCUUGAGCAGGCCCUCGGCUCCACCGCUGGCACCUAUACCACCGACAAUAGCGUUACUAUUAAAGAAAACAUUCAUGAAAAAUUGUCGGGAAAAGUUGACGAGCAAUUUAAAAAGACGCCCUCGGGUGUUGUUGGUGAUGCUUCAGGCAUAACCGUCGAGACGACAUUGGAGGCGUACACUGGCUACAAAAAAGGUAACGUUGACACCUCCAUCCAAGCUAUCAAAACGUAUGCCGACAGCGGGUUUGACGUCGACAGAACAAAAACAGAGCUUGGAAACUGGUCAACAAGAAUCACACACCAUCUUCACAAGCUCACCAACGAAUUUUCAUUGGUGGGCCAAUACAUUCACAGAUAUUUCUACGAUUUGGAAAAGGAGUACAUAGAUGUGCAACUCACCGAUAUUCGGGCCUCUAUCGGCAUGUUGCAAUAUACCGAGUUGUCUAGCCAAGAAUCCGGCAGAAUACAGGGAGCAAUCGACGCGGCACUUGCCACAGUUAACAGGCUAGAAGAUCUACCUGGCGCGGUAGACAAGGCUCGGGACGAGACUGAUCAAAUUAUGGAGCAUUUGAUAAAGGAGCUUAACGAUAGAGUAGGAGACGUCGAGGUUAAUAUUAAAGAGGCCAAUGACUCACUAAGAGUUGCCAUAGGUAACGUCUACAGCACCGUCUAUUCAGCAAAAGAAAUGUUAGAUGAAGCUAUUAAGACGCUCAACAGAAACAUACGCAAUGCUGCAAAUGAAGCAUUCGAGGAAGUCAGAAGGCAAAUCCAAGCGCUGUUUGCCAGGCAGAAAAUCGCGGACCUAGAAGCUCUUAGAACACUAGUCAUGAGGCAGUCAGACAGAAUAAUGCGUCUAAUAGACGAGGAUGCGAGAACGAGAAUCAAGGGUCUAUUUAAGACGCUGAAUGGUAUUAAUGUUACCGUAGCUGCCAAAACGAUACCCAAAUUUGACGAUCGUCAACCUAAUUUACUAGAACCUCUAAAAACGGAAGCAAGUUCAAAGAACUUUAAAGGACUAUCACAAUCAUUCCAAGCCUAUUUGGACAACAUUUUACCUUACAUUGAGGAUCACGCUAAGAAGCCCUCGCAGCCUAGGAGAAUGACAGUGGGCAAGGCCAGUGAAACUGAAGAGUCCAAGAAAGUGUCGGCGUUGCAAAUUACUCUCGAUACAUUGUUGCAUUUCCUCGAACACUCCAACCGUUACGAUUUGAGAUUUCAGAACAAUCUGGGAAAUGUUAAAGAUGCACUGUCCCGUUUGAUUUCUCCAACAUUCUCGGGAUAUCAGAAUGCUAUAUUGCUUGACACUGUUAAAAACGGCGUAACAUCCUUACUCGGUGAAUUAGAUAAGGUAUAUAUGAAUACUUAUGAUGGCGCAUUGUCCGUUGACUGGACUCAUGAUAUUGUAAAUUCAGAGCGGUGCGCAAAGGUCUUUUUCAGUAUUCUGUCCACGCUUCGCGAAGAAUUGGAGAUGUUGAUAGAUGAAUGUAGCGCUGACUGGAAAACACAUACACUGUGUGAAACGAACGGAGAUAAAGAUAAUCCACUCGGCCAAUUCCUCAAGCGCUCUGGCUACACGGUCGCAAAAAAACAAGACUCCAAGGAGGGCGAGUUGAAGUUCCCUCUGACCAACUAUAAAGGUCAGAAGAUCUAUGACAACCUCCAACGCACAAUUAAUGAUGCGAAGAAGAAUUCACAUCUUACAGCUUGCAAACCAAAUGAAAAGGGAGAGAACUUCAAUGUAUCGGACAUCCUUUCAUGCAUAAUUAAGCAUCUCAACCAAUAUAAUAACGUCUGUCACCUUAAUCACAUUGAUUCACCUAAAUCACCAACCACCGUUAACCAAAUGCUACAGUGGUGCGCCGGGCUGCGUUACCACCGUGUCUAUGAGCCCCUUAAGCAACACCUUAAUUCGUUGUUUGCCAACGACCACUCCGAUUUUUCAUAUAAAAUACACACCCUUGCAGAGUUCGAUUUGGAAGUUUUAUGCAAUUAUUCACACAAAUUGCUCACCAGCAUUCUGGGAACUGGUGAUGAACACACCGUUUAUGCCUCCGACUACCAAAACAAUGCACUAAAUUUUUACUAUCCCUCCACUCCAUCACAGUGCCUUGACAUGCUUCUCGACAUCCUUCGACGUUUUUUACCUACACUCAGAUUCUUACAAAAUCAGUGUCAAUUGCGUGCUAUACAUCACGGUUGGUACGAUUGCAAGUACGGCAAGGACAUAGCUCCAGCCAAAUUGCCAUGUGACAACCACUCACACAGCAAACCAACGUGCCAACCAAGUGACCAACCAAACACACAACCAAAUUGCCAACCUACUUCACCUUUAAUGUCCUAUCUGAACGAUUGUCUUCCUGGUCAUUUACCACAUCAGCUUAGUUCCAUCGGUUGUAGAGCUACAUGUAACACGUGCCCCCAAAGCAAGCCUGGGCAACCAUGCUUGACGCCUCUUGGCUUCCGCGGUUUCUCCGGAAGCACACGGACGGGGAAAGAGCUACGUGAACUUAUAAAAAAAUUCUUCAGUAUUUGCAUUCUUCCACCCUUAUUCUGUAUCGCUCCUAAACCACCAUCCACUCUACCCGAACACAUUUGUUUUGCAAUGCAGCAUUUCGGAGGUUGGCAGACAGGUUCAUCACGAAAUAAGAAUGACCUCCAAUCGGCAUUCGAAAAGUCUAUGAAACAGUCAUCCAUAUAUCAAGUCAACGAUGCCAAUGAACUUUGUGAUGCACUUAGAAAUAUCUAUGGUUCCAAGGGUACCAAUGAGGAGAGCAAAACAUCACACCAAGACGGCAAACAUGAAGACUUGUUAAGCUUAUGCCUUCACAAGCACAUGACUGUGUGUUCCGGCAACGAUUUUUCUUGCGCCCCUUAUAUAGCAUCGUUGUACUUAGAUUCAUAUAAUUAUGCGGCCGGAAGGAAUGCCAACCUAUAUUUGUCAUGGGCUAUCUACCUCCCAUGGACAUUCUGGCAGUUACUUAGCAAUUUGUAUGAGGCCUUUUGUAAUAUCAACUGCCAGGAUUGGGGAUGUCGCAGUUGUUUGCGUGGCGAUAACUGUAAGCGUGGCAAACAUGGUCUCACCGAUGAGAAAUCAGCAUGUGAUUGCUCAUCCAUUGUAAACUGCAGAGGCGUGUCACCCAUAUUGUACCGGUAUGGAUUACGGUUUGGCGCAGCAUGGAAGAUAAAUGACGUUAAAUCGGUGAAACAAUGCUCCGACUUUUGCAAACAACUAAAGAAAGUGCUUGAUUCAAAAUAUUUCAAGGACCUGUUUAGAGAGUGCGACAAUUUCCUAUGCAUUAUCAGAUGGCCAUUUAUGUCGUUAUUAUUAGCCCUCUGGUCGCUGUCGCUCCUGUACCUGCUGCACAUCGCCGUCGUACGCCUCGACGUCCUGAGGAUACGCUCCCACCUGAGAUCACCCGCAAGCCACCGCAUCGCCGCGCAGUCGCUACUCGCCGCCGCACGCGUCAAGGCACUCAACAACGUCAAGUACUUCUCACCAUAA